ACAUUGCCUUUUUAUCCAUAUAGCGAUCACUCUGCUCCAAACUAGCAGUAACGAUUAACGAACUCAACUCACUCCUUUUUCCUUUCUUGUAUUGUAUUGCAUGCUGUUACUCAACCCAACCAAAUGCUGCUACUCUCUGCAAUCACCACCACCGCCCACACUCUCCUCCCUCCACCACCCACUCUCACCCUCACACUCUGCUCUUCCAAACCCCACCACCGCCUCUCUUCAAUUUCACCCUCCCGCAACCCCAACCCCAACCCUUCCUGCUUCCUCCAAGCCCUCAACUCCAACCCUAACUCCGGCUCCGAUGGUGAUCCUGCAACCACCAUAUCCUCCGCCGCCGCCCUCGCUUCCGCUAUUCGCAAAGCCUCCACCUCCCCCGUCGAGUUCACUCAGCGAGUCGAGAAGGACGGCGUCGUUCUUCCUAGCCCUGACUUCCACGCUCUCUGCCUCCAACAGCUCAACCUCUUCCGCCGAAUCGUUCCCGAAGCACUCCUCUCGGUGUAUGUUAGACCAGCUGGCAGUUAUGUGAUGGAUAGGUUGGAGUUGAGGAGGGUUGCACUGUACCCUGGAGAGGCAGAGUUGGAGGUGGAUGGAAUUGUCAUGCUCGUCGGUCAUUUUAAUGUUCCCGCGGGCUUGCGCGCUGCGGAGACUGUGCUCACCGAUUUGCAAGUUAAGAUUGUCCCUGAGUGUAAGGCUGUAGUUCUUCCCAUGGUGAAACACCCAUUUGUUGUUGGUUUCUUGGUUGCUGAGCUUCCGCCGGUGGAGAUGGGAACACGAGAGGAACCUCAAAGUGAUGGCUGGGAUAACCGUCGCAUAUCUGGUGGGGAAGUUUAUUCCUUACCUCCUUUUUUGGAUUUGGAUAAGAAGUCAAGGGAAAUUCAGACCUUUCGGAUCAAGGAUGAGCCAGUUGCUAUGCACAACUUCACUUCUGAGCAAAGAUCAAUUGCUGUCAACAUUUCACAGUCUCUAGCUGUGGCAUAUGUUAUGGAUCAGAAAGCAAAGUUACUUCAGCAGUCAACAUGGCAAAAUAAUGUCAGGAUCAAUAAUCUGGUUGAGCAAAUCCGUGGUCCACUUGCAAGCAUUCAAACCUUAAGUAAAAUCCUGUCUAUGCAAACAACGAAAAGUCAGAUUUCAUAUGACAUUGUUGAAGACAUCUUGGUGCAAGGUGAUCGAUUGAGAGAUGUCCUCCAACAACUCCAAGAUGCCGUACAUUUGACGAAGGCUAAUAUAGUGCGCUAUAAUGAAGAAGCAAUACAGAAAAUGAAUGGUUCUACUCACAUACUAGCCGAGUCAAUGAGAUCUCAAUUGUUAGAUGGCUCUUCAAGGGAUGGUUCUGCAAAUAAAAUAAAUAAAUCAGGUGAGCCACUUUCUAUCAGUGCUGCUUCCCAGGACAUAGAGAUGCCCCUACCGCCCUUGGCUCUUGCUCCGCUACGACAUGGAAUCAGACCGUGCAAUGUUUCUGAAGUAUUGGAAGACUUGGUCGAUUCAGCCAGACCUCUUGCCCAGAAUCAAAAGCGUACAGUAGAACUAAGUCAAUUCUCUUCACCUUUGCUAGCUGCUGUAGAAGAACCUGCUUUGCGCCAGGCUUUCAGCAACCUUAUUGAAGGUGCUUUAUUACGCACACAUGUUGGAGGAAAGGUUGGAAUUGUGUCUACUGUUGCACCAGCAGGCGGUACCCUUGUACUUAUUGAUGAUGAUGGACCAGAUAUGCACUACAUGACACAGACACAUUCACUCACACCGUAUGGGCAAGAACUCUUGUCUGAUAUGGUUGAAGACAAUAUGACAUGGAACUUUGUUGCUGGGAUGACUAUUGCCCGUGAGAUACUGGAGAGUUAUGGCUGUGUUGUACGCGUUAUAUCACCCCGGAUCAGAGAGGCUCCGCUUGGAACUGGAGGAACUCGUGUAGAACUCUGGCUUCCUUCGGCAAGUGUAAAAUCUGACUUGAGCAGCCACGCCCAAGAGGUAUAGCAUGGGUUUGAAUUUCCAUGAAAGGUAAAUAGAUACAUUCCCAAACAGUUCCUCAUUGCUGCACUUUUGAGAUACUGGCCAGAAUAAGAUUGUGAAAUUAAGGGGUGGUAAAUAUUACUAGUUAUUCCAAACUAUUGUAAAAGAUAUGUAUCUAGUUCUGUAUAUAGCUCGUAAAAUUUAGUUACUUCUAUGGUUUUGCUGUCAUUGUUAUGAAAACAGUGUAUUAUACUAUUGUAAAAAGUUUAAACAGUGUAUUACAUCAUAUGAUAUGUGUGGGUUUAUGUA